AUGCGCUCUAAUGAGACCAAGAAGCAUGGGCUUAGCCCUUUGGCGUCUCCUGAUAGAUCAAAACAAGAAGAACAUGAGCAUCACCCUUCAAGGAGCUCGGCGGUAACGAGGGCUUCGCGGAAGAAAGCUGUGCAAAGCAAAAAAAAAUACAAAUUCGCACCUGUGGAUACGCUAACUAGGGGAGCUUCAUCCGAACCUCCUGUUCUGCAAUCUCUUUCUUUAUCGCAAGUGCGAAAAUCCAAAGUUGCUAACGCGCCGCGCGUAGAUCAUGAUCCCAAUCUUGUACCGAAGCCUCCGACUACACUAAAAGCUGUAUCCAAGCCCUCGAAAGCAAGUACCUCAGCAGUUGGAGUUCCAAAAGUUCUCGAAGAUGCUCCGCCAGAAGAAGUCAUAUGGCAGUACUCACCCUUCAAAAACCCCAGAGCAGACUUCUCUGACCGGGAUCGCGGCUACAAGUCCACAUCAGAGGACAGUGCAAUCGAGCAUGUGGUUAAAGAAUCUUCCACUCCUAUCGUUCCCAAUAAGUUUAAAAGAGUACUAAACUUUCCUCACAUGCAUGAUGGACAAGAGAUGCUUCCAGAUGCGGCAGUCAUGGCAAGUAAAAAGAGUUCACUCAGAACAAACUCAGUACCCAAGAGCUUUAGCUUACAACCUCCAUCCCGGGCCUCGACUCGUGAUAUUGACGAGAUAAUCAAUGACAUCGAAGAUGGAUUCGAGAUUAAGCCGCCCUUUCAAGGAAAAGACAUUCCUUCGUCCCCCACAAAAAUGGUGUCACAGCGCCUUCGGGAAAGGCAAGGUGGCAUACAGGAAGACUCUUUGCUGACAAAUGAUUCUUUGUUUGCUCAUGGAGGCACCAAAAGAGUCGAGGUAGAUGAUAAAUUAAGGUGCAGCUCAGAGGACCAUUGUUCCAAAGAGAACAAAGAGAGAACAGACAACGCCGAAAGCACCGGUGACGAAAACGAGGAAGAUGAUGAAGAUGACGAAUCGCUGAUUGAACUACUAACUCAAAAGUUCGUCAGCAACCCCAGUAAUGAACGGGGGCCAACAAAUCAUGAGAAUGAAGGAGCAAAUUCUCAACAAAGCAACUUACUGAGUUCUGAUGGCACGCAAGAUGACUCCUUGCUCGAGUAUUUUCAAUCAAGUGAGACAGGGCAACACAAAGCUGACCCGAGUUGUGCACCAGAGAAAGUGAAUUUCGAGAGUACCAUAGAAUCAGUUGAAGCUAGAUUUUCUCAGAAUGUUGUUGUACAAGAAAAUCUCAAUGAGUCAGAGAAGUGGCAAAGUUAUGUUGAGAAAGCUCUUUGCGCUACUUCUCGGGAGGGUAUGGAAAGGUGGGUUGUUAUUGAAUCAAAAGAGUUUCUUGUUUCCAACAAGGGGCUACAAAAGGUGCUAAAGUGCCUUGAUCAUAAAGGGUCCGUCUCUAACCUUGUGGUCAGAUCGCCUUGGUCCCGGCUAACCUUCAAAGAAGGCGACGUAGUUCACACAAUUAGUGGCUCGAACACAACAAACAGAAGACUUUUUUCAGAUGAUAGAGAUCCUGAAACUGGUAAGAUAAAUGAUAAUCUCCUCAUUUUAAACCCUGAUAUCCUUAUAUCAGCUACAACUGUCGGAAGGGCCGUUGAGUGCGAAAGAAGAGCACUGCUGUCGAACCAAAUAUCAGGACCGGGCGAACCAAGUUUGCCGGCCCUCGUCGGAAAUAUUGUUCAUGAGCUUGUGCAAAUGUGUCUCAAAUACAAGCUCGACCAUGUUCAUAUUUUGCAGGAGCGCAUGUCCUCCUUUUUGGAUGGAAUUCUCGACAAUUACGUGGCCGACAUCAUCAUGUGUCAAAGCACCAAGGAUGCACUUUUGCAGCAAAUAACGGCAGAACAUAUUCCAAACAUCAAACAAUUUCUGGAUGCUUUUGUGAAACGGGAUAAAAGCCGCACCUUUCCUAGUGCUCGCAGCUUCGCAAAUAAGCAAGAGAUGUCAAUCUCUAACAUCAUUGACAUUGAAGAAAAUAUCUGGUCACCAAUGUAUGGUCUAAAGGGAUUCAUAGAUGCAACGGUUGAGACAACAUUACCUAAUGAUUCAACUUUUGUUGCACCGCUGGAAUUGAAGACAGGAAAGUUUAAGUCAAUCUCCCAUGAAGCACAAGGUACAAUUUAUAACUUGUUACUCAGCGACAGAUACGAGCUCCCGGUGAACUUUUUCCUUCUGUUCUACACCAAAACUAACGACUUCACGAAACACGAUACCCUAUUACACUCACUUAAACAUUUAAUAGUCCUGAGAAACCACAUCUCAGAAUAUUUGAGACAUGAGCUUUCCGAAGUGACAGAAAACAAGUGGCAAGGGACCACGCUACCCUCUAUCCUAGGAUCUGCAGCGUGUGACAAUUGUUACUCCAAAACGGAAUGCAUGGUCAUAAACAAUCUAUGUGAAGACGGGAGCCCGAAGGAGAGCGGGCUCAAAAAAGGGGAGUAUGAAGCACUAACGGGCCACCUUACUAGCAAUCGACUGAAUUACAAAGAGUUCUAUAUGAGGUACGAGGACCUUAUUGUCAAAGAAGAGUCGAGUCUGAAAGGUAUUAAUAAUGAAAUAUUUUUGAUUGAUAGUAAAACAAGGGAAUCCCUCAGCGGAAAGUGCGUAAGCAAUUUAGUUAUUGUUGCAUCCGAGGAUGACAGUGAAUCUAAGCUUAUUCGGUACACAUUUUGUCGGAAAGAAGGAGCUGCAGAGUCACUUCCUUCAUUAAUUAAUUCUCAACUUUCCAAAAAUGACAUGGUGAUUAUAAGUGAUGAAGCUGGACAUUUUGCGCUGUGCACUGGAAGAGUUGUUUCAAUUUCGACCAUGGAGAUAACCAUAUCAACUUCACGAAGGCUGCAAAGUAAUAAUGUUCGUGCGCCUGGCUUCGAGAAGGGCAGGAAACAAGUGCUGGAGACUGUUCUUAUGCCUUCUAAAUCUGCAAAGUUGGGCCAAAAGUCAAUUACUUAUCGAAUUGAUCGAAAUGAAGUGCAACAAGGACUGGCUCUGGCAAGAUUCAAUCUCCUGAAUCUUUUCUUGCCUUCUGUACCCGAAGGCGCUGUAACUACAGAUCCAUCAACGGGACAGGAGAUUGCGUUCAAGAGGUCUUGGGGCGGUGAUCAGAAAACUCGAGAGAUCGUAGUAGAUGGCAGAACCCCCCGCUUUGUGGCUCCGUCUGAACCGCCGCGUGUUCCUUACGAUGAGGGUUUAAAAUCUAGGUUUAAUGAGGAUCAAUGGAAAGCAUUUGAAAAGGUCAUGCGACUCGAUGACUACGCCUUAAUACUAGGCAUGCCCGGCACUGGAAAAACGACACUUAUUGUUGAGAUAGUCAAAUCGCUAGUUGCUCGUGGAAAAACGAUACUUUUAACGUCGUACACGCAUUCUGCCAUAGAUAAUAUCCUUAUCAAGCUUAAAAACUGUGACAUAGACAUCUGCAGACUAGGUCACAAGCACAGAGUACAUCAAGAGGCGUGGGAGUUUGUUCCCGACUUCACGGAAGCCAGCACUUUCGAAAAAUUCAAAGAGCAAGUAGAAAAACCUUCUGUCGUCGCAACAACAUGCUUGAACAUUCACGAUACCCUGCUGUCGUUAAGAAGUAAAGACUUUGAUUACGUGAUUUUAGAUGAAGCAAGCCAGCUCUCGCUCCCAAUUUGUGUAGGGCCACUUAAGUUCGCCGAAAGAUUUGUGCUUGUGGGAGACCAUUAUCAGCUUCCACCGCUAGUGAAGAACGACGCAGCUCGAGUCGGCGGUUUGGAUUUAUCACUAUUCAAAAUGCUUUGUGAAAAGCAUCCCGACAGUGUAGUGGAGUUGACCCAUCAAUAUCGGAUGUGUGAAGAUAUAAUGACGUUAUCAAAUUACCUCAUAUAUGAUGGGAAGCUCAAGUGUGUGAGCGAGGAGGUUCGUGACCAAAAGCUUGAAAUUCCCCAUAUGGCGGAACUUGAUACUAUGCACGUUCCCGGAAAGCACGGACAGUGGCUUGAUAUUGUUUUAAACAGCGAAAAAAGGGUGGUGUUCUUGGACCACGACAAAUGUCCUGCUUUCCAGGAGAUCGCCGAGAAAGACAACAUCAAAAAUCCGGGAGAAGCCGAACUUGUUUGGCAGUGCGUUGCCGCUAUGGUACGUUGUGGCGUCAGCCGUCGCGACAUUGGUGUUAUGACACUCUAUCGAGCGCAACUACGAAUACUUCGAAAAAUGUUUGAGGCUGAAGAGCAUAACGAGCUUGAAAUUUUGACAGCAGACCAGUUUCAAGGGCGAGACAAACGAUGUGUGAUUAUCUCUAUGGUGCGUAGUAACGACGGUCUUAACGGCGGCUCGCUGCUAAGGGAGCUACGGCGCGUGAACGUCGCCAUGACGCGAGCUAAGUGCAAACUCAUAAUUAUAGGCUCCAAAGCCACAAUAAGCUCUGUGGAAAGCUUGAGAGGAUUCAUGAGUUUAUUAGAGUCGCGUGGCUGGCUGCAUUCACUGCCCCCAGACUGUCUUGAAAGCUACAACAUUCCGCGACCAGCACCGUCGCAGCAUUCCCGAAGAAAGAAGCAAGGCAGUGUGGUUGCCAACAUUACUGCCGAGUCCAAGUUCACUCAAGACAAAUCUGUGCUUCGUGACACCCUGAAUGGUAUGUGA